AUGCCAGUUCCUAGUACCAAGGCAAGAUCAGGCUCGACAAGUGAAGCUGCCCCUGGCCAUCCCAAGGCCGGGGCUGGUACCACCAAAGGCCAGAAGCCUCCCCCAGUUCAAUUGCCUCACGAACGCUAUGCAGAUGCCCCUAGGACACCGGGUCCCAAGACUCCCGCUGAUGAAGCGCUCGACUUCUUCGAGUCUACAGAGCGUGGAGAUGCACGCAUUCAAGUCUACGAGCUCCGCCUUGAGCCAGAUGGUGGCCCAAAUCGAGAGGCUGCAUACACGCGCCUUCCUCCAGCAUACAAGCCCUACAUUCUACGUGUCACCAUCGAUGCCGGUAGCCCAGCUUCCCGUAAUGGUGCAUUCAAGACCAACUUUCCCCUAGACGGAGGCACAUUUAGCCGCGAUCACUUCGUUGAGAGAAAGCUCCCUACUGAUUUCUCUAAGCCUAUCAAGAUCGAUCUGCCCAUCUCCCAUGCAGGCGCCUUCGUUUAUUGGCUGGAAUAUGACGGUCCCGAAGGUCGUAUCAAGGCUCGCGAGGGUUAUUUUAACAUCGACCCCAUUCUCACAACAUAUAGACGGACUCCUGUGAUCGAUGACAAGACGCUCGCAGUUCAGUCACAGACCGGUUUCCUCGAACCUCUCCAGGCUGUCAAUAUUCCUCUCGAUGGCAUCGCCAUGCUUACCGUCGUAUCUAAAUGGAUGGGGCCCUUGCCUGAAUGGGAACAGCACUUUGCCGAGGCGCGCACUAGGGGAUAUAACAUGUUGCAUUACACUCCCCUUCAGCAGCGAGGCGAGAGUAAAAGUCCCUACAGCAUUGCCGAUCAAAUGGCAUUCGACAGCGGUUUGUUCGAAGACGCCUACGAUGGCAGCAAGGAGGAAGGUAUUCAACGUGUUAAGGACACCCUCAAAUUGGCCAAAAAGAAAUAUGGGUUGAUGAGCCUGACUGACGUCGUUCUCAACCAUACUGCCAAUAAUAGUGAUUGGCUACAGGACCAUCCAGAAGCAGGCGCUCCCUAUAAUUGCCCACAUUUGACCCCCGCUCUCGAGCUCGAUAAUGCCAUCAUCGAUUUUUCAACCGACCUUGCGAGCCGUGGCCUGCCGACUUUGGUUACCUCGCAAAAGGAUAUUGAUACUCUAAUCGACGCUCUCAAGGAGUACAUUGCCAAGCUAAACUUGUGGCAAUAUUACGUUCUUAAUAGUCAAUCUGAGAAGGAGGCUGUGGCUGAUGCCAUCGCAGCCUCGAAGAUUACCCCAUGGACCGGUCCAGACAUUGCCGGUAAAUCAGUGACAGAGAUUGCUAACAUCGUACGCGAAGAAGGCAAGCUGGAGCACGUCGGGGAAUUUGCUGAAAGGUUUAUGAUCACUGUCAACCCUUCUGUCGCGGCGGGCGUCGUCAAGACUGCAUUCGUCGACCUUGGUGAUGCCACCCCAGCAGCAUACGGCGAAGCUUGGGGGCGAGUGGUGGAUGUUCUCAACGUCGAUCACUACAAGGAAUGGGAAGAAGACACUAAAGUUGCUAUCGAAAACAUCAUGAACCGCGUCAAGUGGACUCGCUUAGACGAAAACGGCCCUAAAAUCGGUGAGAUCACUAAAGUAAUGCCCUUGGUGGAUACCUACUUUACCCGCAUCCCCAAAAACUCUAGAACCGCCAAACACGACCCCCGAGCGUUGGCCGUGGCUAACAAUGGAUGGAUUUGGGCCGCCGACCCACUCGCUAAUUUUGCCCUACGACCCUCAAAGGCAUAUCUUCGUCGUGAAGUGAUUGUAUGGGGGGACUGCGUGAAGCUUCGUUAUGGUGAUGGCCCAAGCGAUAACCCAUGGCUAUGGAAGCAUAUGACCGAAUACGUCCAGUCGCUCGCAGUGCUGUUUGACGGGUUCCGCAUUGACAAUUGCCAUUCUACGCCAUUGCACGUAGGAGUAGCCUUACUCGACGCCGCACGCGCGGUGAACCCGGACUUAUACGUGUGUGCCGAGUUGUUUACCGGAAGCGAGGAGAUGGAUGUGCACUUCGUAAGCCGACUAGGUAUCAACAGCUUGAUUCGAGAGGCCAUGAACGGCUGGGACCCGAAGGAUUUCGCCAGAUUGUUGCAUCGUUAUGGGUUAGGAAAGCCAAUUGGUUCAAUGGACGAAUCCUGCCUGACCUCUAUAGAAGAGCUCCCUCCGCCAACAGGCAAGGGUGCUACCCGCCCUGCAGCCAUUACCCCUAUCCGUGGCUCUGCACCACACGCACUCAUGUACGACUUGACUCACGACAACGAAUCCCCUCUCCAUAAGCGCUCUGCCGAAGAUGCACUCUCUACUGGCGCGCUCGUCACUUUUGGCUUGUCAGCUACCGGAUCCAACAAGGGCUUUGACGACUUGUACCCUAAACUUCUUGACCUUGUCGGUGAUAACCGAAAGUACGAGACAAGCGAUGGGGGAAAGAUUGAUCGAGGCAUUGCCAAGGUCAAGAAGGUUCUGAAUCAGUUGCAUACCGAAAUGGUUCUCGCUGGAUUUAAGGAGGGACAUGUGCAUCAGGAGGGCGACUAUAUUGCCAUUCAUCGCGUUCAACCAGGGACCCAGAAAGGAUACUUCUUAAUUGCACAUACAGCAUUUGGAUCCUCCAAGGGCUCCAAGGCUCGUGGCGACGUGAAUCCGAUUGCGCUGAAGUCUACCAAGGCUCGAUUUAUUCUUGGCGCAUCCAUCGAUAUACCGUCUUAUGAGCUUGAGGCGUCCAAGACGACUAUCUCUGGCCUGCCCAGCACACUAAAGGAGUUGGCCGAAGUUCCGCCUAAAGAAACUGAAGACGGAUGCGAGCUUAUCGUUCCGGAAGAGUUCCCUCCUGGCAGUAUCUUGUUAUAUGAGACUCAGCUUGUCGGGGUUGAUCCUAAUCUGGAAGCUGCCUGCGGAGAGGGAGCAGACGAAGCGUUUGCCGACUUGGAUCUGGUAGAUCUGAACGUAGUUUUACACCGCUGCAACGGAGAAGAGCGCGAUGCGACCAACGGAGAGAUUGGAACUUAUAAUAUUGGUGGGUUGGGAGACCUAGUAUAUUGUGGUCUCGAAGGAUGGAUGCAUCCACUUCGUCACGUUAUGAAGUAUAAUGAUCUUGGGCAUCCGCUCUGCGAGAACUUGCGCCAAGGAGACUGGGCACUUGGUUAUAUUCAAGCACGACUAGAGAAACAAACCUCCACUUUCCCACGCCUUGCCAAGUCGGCCGCUUGGUUCAAAUCUCGAUUCGACCUCAUCCGAGCACAAGUACCCGGUUUCCUCAGGCCAAAAUACUUUGCUAUCGUCAUUUUCUCCGCAUACAAGGCUGCUCGCCGCGUUGCUAUCGAACAAUGCUCUGACUUUGUCGUCUCGGCCACGAUUUCACCCAGAACUUGGCCCUGCAAGGUUGUUCCUUCGUUGGCCGCCGGACUUCCUCAUUUUGCAGGUGGAUGGGCGCGUACCUGGGGCCGAGACGUAUUCAUUUCUCUGCGAGGGUUGUUCCUUACUACAGGAAACUACGCGGCCGCGCGAGCACACAUCCUGGCCUUUUGCGCUACACUGAAACAUGGUCUCAUUCCCAAUCUCCUCGACGCGCUGCGCACACCUCGAUACAACUCGCGUGAUUCUCCGUGGUGGAUGCUGCAGAAUAUUCAAGACUACUGUACCAUGGCUCCUGAGGGCCUUGCCUUGCUGGAAGUCCCCGUCAAACGUCGCUUCCCGCAAGACGAUACGUUUGUCCCCUGGGACGACCCACGUGCAUACGCCUACUCGAGCACGGUCGCCGAAAUCAUCCAAGAAAUCUUGCAAAGGCACGCCACGGGCAUUUCAUUCCGCGAGCACAAUGCCGGGCCCAACUUGGAUAUGCAAAUGAGUGAUGAAGGCUUCAACAUCAAGGUCACGGUCGAUUGGGAGACUGGAUUCACUCUCGGGGGCAACUGGAAGAACUGCGGAACGUGGAUGGACAAGAUGGGUGAGAGUCAGAAAGCUGGUACUAAGGGCACUCCCGGUACUCCACGUGAUGGGGCGCCGGUCGAGAUUACGGGACUGCUGUUCAGCACGUUGAGAUGGCUCGACGGGCUUGGAAGUAAAUUCCCAUUCAAAGGCGUCCAAGCUACUAUCGACGGACAAGAGAAGUUGGUCACAUACCACGAGUGGGCAAAAUUGAUUCAAAACGCCUUUGAACGCUACUACUAUGUCCCUCUGAACCCCGUUGAAGAUCCUGACUAUGUAGUAGACCCGCGUAUCAUCAACCAGCGCGGAAUCUACAAGGAUGUGUAUGGUUCGGGGGCAGGGCGCGAGUGGUCCGACUACCAGCUCCGAUGCAACUUCCCAAUUGCCAUGGUCGUCGCGCCCGAGUUGUUCAACCCCGAGCACGCGCUUGGCGCACUGAAGAUCGCCGACAAACGGUUGCGCGGCCCGUUGGGCAUGAAGACUCUUGACGAAGCGGAUUCGCAAUAUCGCGGGUACUACGACAAUGCAAACGAUUCGGAUGACGCCAGCGUCGCAAAGGGGCUGAACUACCACCAAGGCCCGGAGUGGGGAUGGCCCUUGGGUUAUUUCUUACGUGCAUACUUGAAGUUUGACCGAUUGGUCGGUGCGGGGAAAAACGAUUUGACCGAAACGCUUCACCAUUUGCACGAGGCGUUGCUCCCCGCACGGCGGCACAUCGCAUCCGACCCAUGGGCAGGGAUUCCAGAGUUGACGAACCGGAACGGCGAGUACUGCCGAGACUCGUGCAAUACGCAGGCAUGGAGCGCAAGUUGCCUGUUGGACUUUUUGGAGGAGGUUCACAAGUUGCAGCACGAGUAA